CUUACCCUCCUCCGCCUGCAGCACCUCCGCCUCUGCAAAAAUGCAAAAUUUGCUUUUCUCUUGGAAGAGCGUGUGCCCAAGAGUUUGAGGAUGCAGAGUUGGAGUGUUCUUGGCUGACACCAUGGAAGGGGAAAAGAAGGCAAAGCUGUUCCAGAUUUGUCAGUAAAAAUAUUUGGGUUGCCUCUUCCUUCUGCCGCUCCCAGUACUGCUUGUGUGCUCAUUGGGUGUGGACCUGAUACCUUUUUUGUGAAGCCACAGCUGAGGAGACUCCAGCACUCGCCAUGGCUGACAAAAAGCCCAAGGAAGGUGUCAAGACUAGGAGCAAUGACCAUAUUAAUUUGAAGGUGGCAGGGCAGGAUGAUUCUGUGGUACAGUUUAAGAUUAAGAGGCAUACACCACUUAGUAAACUAAUGAAAGCCUAUUGUGAACGACAGGGUCUGUCAAUGAGGCAGAUCAGGUUUCUAUUUGAUGGGCAGCCAAUCAAUGAAACAGACACACCUGCACAGUUGGAAAUGGAGGAUGAAGAUACAAUUGAUGUGUUCCAGCAGCAGACAGGAGGUGUCUACUAAUAAUGGAACCUGCUACUUUACCCCAGAAUUCUGUCCUUCCAGAUCAAGAAGACAUUCUCAAUUAGAAAACCACAAUUUGGUUCCACGACAGCCUGACUACUACGGUAUAGUUUUCUCUAGUAUUUCAUUUUCCCCUUCCCUGUUCAUUUACUGGACAUAAAAGUAACUGUGUAUGUGCACAAGCAUAUUGCAUUUUUUUAACUAAUUGGCCAAUAGUAUGUUUUUAUUGACAUCAAAUGGAGAUGGGAAGGGCAAAUACCCCAUUUCUGUGAAAAUGUUCCUUUUCUCCACUAGUGGCGUGUUCAUUCAGCUCUUUAUAUUCCAGUAAGUUGUUUUGCUCUCACUGCUUAACAAAACAAAGAGCAACAUAAAAACCCUUGCAUACCUUGUUAGAUUGGAGAAUUUUAAUGUUUUUUAUUUAUGAUUGAAAAACUAAGUUUAUAAUUUUUUGUACAUAGCUGUUACAUAUAGGGCAAUCUGUCUUUAGGUAGGGAUAAAACUGAAUCCUAGAUAGCUUUCCUUUCAAGUAAAAUGUCUUGUUGUCUAAAUAAACUCCGUG